AUGACUGCCAUGGGCAACCGAUUUGAUAUUAACUACGUCGUCGCGAGAAGUUUCUACUAUGUCUGUGGGCCACUGCUGGGUAUUGAUUUUGUUGUCGAGGGAGAAGAACACAUGUCAACUCCAUCUGCUGUAUACAUCGGUAAUCACCAGACUAUGUUAGAUAUAUUGUAUCUCGGAAGGAUAUUCCCCAAACAGUCUUCGAUCAUGGCCAAGAAAGAACUCAAGUGGUCUCCUUUGCUUGGACAAUACAUGGCACUUUCGGGGGCUGUCUUUGUCGAUCGAAAGAAUAGCAAGGACGCCCUCCAUGCGCUCGCCAAGGCCGGCGAAGAAAUGAAGUCCAAGGGCGUUUCGCUAUGGGUGUUCCCCGAAGGUACACGCUCGUCCUCCGAGAAGCCUGACUUGCUGUCAUUCAAGAAGGGGGCCUUUCAUCUGGCUGUCCAGGCAGGGGUUCCUAUUGUGCCGGUUGUAUGCGAAAACUAUUGGAGACUUUAUCGCAAGGGAACGCUAGAAGAAGGUACCCUCAAGAUCAAAGUGUUACCACCGAUCCUGACCAAAGGGCUAACCGCUGAAGACGUAACUGAAUUGGCCGAACGGACUCGAGAAUCUAUGCUCGAGACAUUACGGGAGAUUUCCAUUCCCGUUCUAUCUGAUGCCCGCGAAUCGACGCCGAAACCUUCAACGGUGCCCACACCUGCGUCGGUUCCCGAGUCUGAGUCAAUUGUUGACGUGAGGGAGCUACUGCCCCAAGGGAAGAGCACGUCAAGAGAAGAAGUUCCUACAGUCUCACAACGAAGCGUAGCGGGCAGCGAAAGCGAAGCCACGGACGAAGACAUGGUUGUCGUGGAUCACCCCUAG